AUGACGCCUCUGGCUGCAGCGUGCGCCGAACGAGAAGGCCCUGACGAUGUGGUCCGAGUACUAUUGGAUGCUGGAGCUGACAUCUCGGUGGUCGACCGAUGGGGCUAUACACCCUUGCAUGAGCUCGCGGACAAGUCAAGAACGAAAGCCGCCAUGAUGAUUCUGGAGACAGGCAAAGCCAAUCUCUCUCUACGCACUAAAGGCGGGUUCAGUGUGCUCGAAAAUGCCGCUUCCGAGGGCGAUUAUGAGCUUGUGAAUUGCCUCCUCCAGCGGGGAGCGACCUGUCAGGCGGUCCCAGGCAGUGACUCAGUCCUGCAUUGGGCAGUCCGCGCAGAGAAAGACGACAACCUGUAUGCGAUUGCUGAACGAUUGUUAGAGGAAGAGUGUGAUGUCAACGCGAAGAAUGACAACGGUUGCACUCCCCUCCAUUCCUACUUAUCAGUCAAAGCAGGCAAGGAGAAUGUGGUACGGCUUUUUCUGUCUCGUGGCGCCAAACUUGACAUACAGGACGACGAUGGAGAUACCGUUCUGAACUGCCUCGCAGGAUGCCCAGCAGCGUCCGAGACAAUGUUGGAAUUGCUUCUCGAGAACAGAGCGGAUGCGAGUCUUGCCAAUCUCGAAGGUAUGACCCCGCUGCAUAAGUUGGCAAGAAGCGGCCUCGCAGUACAUCUACGCAUACUCCUCAAGGCAGGCGUGGAUCCUUCUGCCAAGGACAAGAACAAUCGGCAACCUAUACAAUAUGCGGCAAGAGUGGCGAAAACCAACGAGGCUACAGUGCGUGCUCUGCUUGAGUAUAAGGCAGAAGUAAACGUGACGGGAUCAGACUGGUCAAGCCCGAUUGUGUACGCGUCCUCGGAGGCAAAUCUGCAAGUUUUGAAACUCCUGCUCGAUGGUGGGGCAGACGCAAAGAGCGAAGAUCCAGAGAAUCAUGGUUGGACCGCUCUCCAUGCUGCGUGCAAGCGUAGUGAUCCAGAUCCGGCAUUUGCAGAGCUACUCAUUGCGCAUGGAGCCGAUGUGAAUGCUGUCACCAAAAUCUCCAAGACAACCCCGUUACACAAUGCCGUCAGUAGUGCCGCAGUCGUGCACUUGCUCCUGGGUGAAGGGGCAACAGUCGAUCCUCGAGACUCGGAUGGCAAGACUCCGUUGAUACUCGCUUGCGAGAAUAUGAAUAGUGCUCGAGUUGUCGAGCUUCUGAUCGAAGCAGGUGCUGAUCCCAUGAUCAAGGACAACACUUACGAAUCUACCGGCCUCCAUUACAGUUGUUACUCAGACGAGUACGCUCCUAUCGUAAUUCACAGCGACAAGUGUGAUGAUCUUAACAUCAAGAACAAGAACGGGCAUACGCCUCUGAUGUAUUGCGCCUUCAAUGCACACCCGGGCGCCGCGUCAAGUCUCUUGAAGACAGGGAGAGUUGAUAUCCACCAUGAAGAUACGCGUGGCAAGACGAACGCGUGUAUGAUGGCGGCUCGAGUGGGCAGUAUCGAGAUAGUGAAGUUGUUGAUCGAACACGAUGCGAGUGUAGUGUUGAGAACGGACAAGCACAAAGAGACAGCUCUGCAUGAGGCCUGUCGUGGCGGUCAUCUGGGAAUAGUGAAGUUGUUGCUUGAGACAGAUGCUUCCAACAUUGAGGCAGUGAACAAUGAGAAGUACACUGCUUUCGAGGUGGCAGCAGAAUGCGGACACACUGACAUUGUCGCUUUCAUGCUUAAGCGGGAUGAUGUCAACCCCCUUCAUGUAUCCAGACGCAACUAUACCCCUUUGUUGGCGGCAGCUUACACAGGAAAUUCGGACCUGGUCGAGAUGCUCAUGGCUGUUGAGGGCACGGAUCUGGGUCAGUUGUCCACGGGGGCAGGUCGCUCUUCACCAUAG